AUGGAAUGGUCCAAACAAGUGGAGGUGUCAACCAUUCCAGACCCUGUUUACGUUCAUGGUGGUCAGUACCAUCUGCUAGGGGUGAAUGUGAGAGAGAAGCCCCAAGUGGAAGAGUCUCUUAGUGGGGCUGAUCUAGAUUCCCCUACCCUGCUAUUGUCUGAAGUGGUGCUCACCUACAUGGAGACACAAUUGUAAUUGUACUUAUUCUCUUGACCCUGGUCGGAUGCUGUUAUUGGCUGGGCUGCGAGGCUCCUCCCCAAGUUGCCAUUUGUGAUGUACGAAUAGAUCAGCCCCCACAACCCCUUUGGUCGAGUCAUGUACGACCACUUCCUGAAGCUCAGCUCCACCUUGCACUCGCUCAGACACUACCCAGACAGGACUGCACAGUGUUGUCUACAUGGUUGGGAACAGUGUCUGGAUAUGAAUAAGUUCUACCUGGGUCUGAUACCACAGAAGGAGACACGCGGAGUAGUGCUGCUCAGUGGGGGCUCAGGCUAGGGGGGUAGAGAGGAUACUACAGCCAGGGUCCUCAUCAGAGCCACGGGUGUCAUACUGUAUCACACAGUAACACCUGUGGCUGGGUGGGGAGCUGUGUUUGGUGGCCGCUCCUCCCCACUCAACCCAAUCAGAACCCUCCUCAGAGUGACCGAUGACAAUUCGACAACGAUGGCUCUGAUUGGUGGGGAAGGAAACUGCUUCUCUGUUGUGACUCAUCACAACCCUCACCCCAUCACUGUAGACCUGAAACCUGUUCUAUAG